AAACAAAGGCACCCUCUAUACCUAGUAAGCUUUGUGCACAGUAACCCUUUAUGAAAGCCUUUGUUACUCCACGCCCCACUUACUGAAAGAGAAGGUGUUUGUGAAGCAGAGAACUCAUUAGGAUCUGGUCCUGCUUUGGAGCAAUCUUUUACAUUUUUAAGGAUGGUCAAACUGGGAAAUAAUUUCAGUGACAAGGGCACAAAGCCUCCAAUUUGUGAGGAUGGAUUCGACACCAUCCCUCUUAUGACCCCCCUAGAUGUCAAUCAGCUGCAAUUUCCACCUCCAGACAAGGUCGUGGUCAAAACAAAGACUGAAUAUGAGCGGGAUCAUAAGAAAGGCAAAUUCCGUACUCCAAAGAUAGCAGAAUUUACCAUAAGUAUCAGUGAAGGCGUGUCUGAAAGGUUCAAGGUAACUGUUCUUGUCCUGUUUGCUCUGGCAUUCCUGGCCUGCGUUGUGUUUCUUGUAGUCUACAAGGUGUACAAAUAUGACCAUGCUUGUCCUGAAGGAUUUGUGUACAAGAAUAAUCGCUGCAUUCCUGCAGCUCUGGACAACUAUUACACCGAGCAAGACCCAAGUGCACAAGGGAAAUUUUAUACCGUCAUAAAUCACUACAACCUUGCGAAGCAGACCAUCACGCGUUCUGUCUCACCAUGGAUGACCGUCCUGUCCGAAGAGAAACUCUCUGAACAAGAGACCGAAGCUUCACAGAAGUCAGCUUAGUUUGAUUGGUAUAUAAAGUUGAAGGAUACGUGAAAACAACCUGGGGACUCAAAAAAGAGCUUUAAAGAUAAUUAAACCUUUCCCUGCCUCUUUGGCAACUAAGUGGUUGAGGGUUAUUUAGAGAUUAACUGCAUUCAUGGUUAAAAUGCUUCUGUUUUCUGGUAUUGCUGUGCACACACUACUGUACAGAUCACCUGUAAAGUACAUCAACUGCAGGCAUAUCAGCACACAUCUGUUAAACUAUUUCAUACAAGAGAAACCUGAUCUAAUUGGAUUUCAUUUUUAAUUAAACAGAUCUUCGUUUCAGCAUUUUAGGGAAAUGUGAUAAAGCAGUAAAAAGUUUUUAAUUGUUUAGCAUCCAAAACAAAUUCUAGUUUAAUACUGCAAAAAAAAUCAAAACUAGCACCAAGGGGAAAAAAAGAUGAUUUUGUUUCAUUUUUGUAUUUCAGGUAAAUUCGACAACAAAAAUAUUCUGAUUUAUAAUGACGUUUAGAUAUCUUUAAAACUUCACAUUAAUCCAAUUAACGUGUUUUAUAUUGAUCUUCAUAACUUGAGACUCUUCAGUUGACAGCAGCAACAUUCUGUGAAUUUUUAAAUUUUAGAAUCCUUAAAAAAAACAACAACAAACAAACAAAAUCUGCAAUAAAAUUUCACAAUUUCUUUCUAAUAAAUCAAUGGACAUUUUCAGCAAAGAUUUUUAUUGUUCAGUCAAGUGAGAAUAAUUCACCUAAGAAAAGUUUUGUUACCUGUUAUCAUUCUUAACUACAGAACAUAUCUUUUUCUGAUUUUCAGUUUUAUUAUGUGGUAUAAUUAGGGAAUAUAGUUGUUUCCUUUGUUAACACCAAUAAAAUAUAAAAAUGAAAAAAAUUCUGCCAAGUGACAUCUCUUGUAAAGUUUUACGCAAAGGUGUGAAUUCUAAAUACAAUGACAUUUUGUGGCAGAAUCAUUGUUUCAAUAAAUAUAUUAUUGUUAAAAUUUAAACACUGUAAAAUUUCAACACAAUACUUGUUCCUAGGUAUUCAUCACUGUAGUGAAUGCAAAAAGUAUAUUUAAAAUGAGUCUACGACUUGAUUUACUGGAUAUGUCUCCUAGGAAACAGUAUGAAAUACAAGCAAAAAUAUGAUAGAAAAUGAAUAGAACUAUACACGUGCAGAAACCGUUUAUCCACUGACAUGUACAGUAUAGUUUUAGAAAACAUAGUUUUUGCAGAGACGUAGUCUUUUCUUGGCUCAGUAUAAAGCUUAUGCUAGAAAAACACCUGAUUUUCUUUAAUCAUUUAUAUGCAUGUAUUGCAUAUAUGAACGACUGUCAUUUUCUUUCCCGAGACCUUAAAGUCGACUUAAAAACUGAGAAAACAUAUGUUCAUGCACAACUGAAUUAGAAUCUUUUUUUUCCCAGUAAAAAGUAAUACAUUCUGUAGACUACACAGCAAAUAUUAUACCAUACAGUGAUCAGUAGAAAACCAGCAUUCUUGAAGCUUGCAUUUUGUAUAUAUUUAUCAUUUAACAAGUCCCUACAGUGGCUUUAGCAUCCCUUGAUAUGCACAUACUGUAGCCAUAGUGUAUAUGUAUGCAAACAUGGCCAGUUUACUUAGUACUCACGUUCAUUCCUAGGGCACUCAAUAACAUCUGUUUAUUCAGUACUACAUUGUUUUUUUUUAUGUUUAAUGCAUUCUGUGUUUCUCUGUAUAAUAAGCAACAAUUUUAAGUGUAAAUUGAUAUUUAGUAAGUAAACUAGUAUACCUGCGUUACAAUGCAUUAUUAUUUUGGUACUCUACCCCAAUUAAGUGUUUGAUGAACAUCCAACAUUGAAUAUGGCUAAAAGUAAUGGCUGGUAAAUCAAAAGUCACCAUCUUCAUUGCAAUGUCAAAUUUUGUUGCCCUCAAUAAUUAUUAUAGGCAUAGAAAGGUCAAAAUUUAAAUACAUAUACAUUAAUUUUAAUUUGAAAUAAAAGCAUGUUUGGAAUAUACUUCCAUUAGCAGAAAUGAUUCUAGCAAAAGUUGUUUCAGUAGAAUAUUUACAUAUGCAACAUGUAACUAGAGGAUUACCUAUCAAACACCAGCUUGAAUAGCUGGCGGUGGUAUAUAUUUGUAAUUUGUGUCAUACAAACCACUGCUGACUCUCUGAGGUGUGGCAUUUGAAUGCUGGUUCAUGGGGCACAAACAGCAUAUGUGCGUAUGUCGCUUAACAACAGUAAUCGAUUGUACUAGAAGUAUUUUUGCUGACAGAAGUAUAUUACUUCUAUUUAAAAUGUAAAAGCACCCAUGCACGUUUCAAUUUUGACAUCUCUAUCCCUUUAAAGAGAGCUUCAGUUUGUUCCGUGACCAGGGAAGACUUGUGUGCUGACUAUGCCAAUAUGCGCUGCCAGGUUUAUGUAUGAGGACUCUUGAUAAGCUCUGACGUGAUACAACACGACUGUUCUCAGUCACAAAAUGACAAAGUACAACAAAACUGGCUUUACAAUGAAGGAAAAAUUGUUUUUGAUUUGUCAGAACUUUUUAAAAGCAAAAUUACAAUAAAAAAAUGGCCUUUUGUCAUGGCUGAAAAAAAUUAAAUAUAAAAAGACACUUAUAGUAGAUCUGGUAUGUUUCAAAACCAUAUAAAGUCUAAAAGAAAGUACAUUUUAAUGAUAUAAUAUUGAUAAUUCAUAUCCAUUUAGUGGAACGAUUUUAAAACUCAAGAAAAGGUAAAUUUCACCAAAUGGAUAAUUUGAUUAAAGGGACACUAAACAUUACAACUGCAUUGAGUUGCAUACAGUGAACAAAAAACCCUCUCCCUUCUGGCCAUUUAAGGACUUUUUUAUGGCAGCAGGUGGUAAAGCCAGGAGCUAGCCGUACCACACGCCCCGUUGAAACUAAGUGGAGCACACUCCCACGUCUCUGGUCAAGCUUCCGUGCGAUAUUGAAGACUGUGUGUGUGUGGCAUGAGUAACUGAAGCAGAAACACGUUUUGCUUACUUUCAAUGGGGCUGGUGAUACGGGUCCUAACUGUACUACCCACUGGCAGUUUCUUAAAGGGACAGUCUACUUGAAAUGUUUUAUUGUUUAAAAAGAGAGAACAUCCUUUAUUACCCAUUCCCCAGUUUUGUAUAAUCAACACUGUUAUAUUAAUACACUUUUUACCUCUGUGAUCUUGUAUCUAAGCUUCUGCCACCUGCCCCCUAUCUCAGUUCUUUUGACAUACAUGCAUUUUAGCUAAUAAGUGCUGACUCAUAAAUAACUCAAUGGCAGUCAGCACAAUGUUAUCUAUAUGGCACACACGAGCAAGCAUUGUCUAACUGUGAAACACUGUCAAAGUGCACUGAGAUAAGGGCUUAGAAAUCAUUUUAUGAGUCUACCUAGGUAUAGCUUUUAGCAAAGAAUACCAAGAGAACUAGGCUAUCUCUGCAUUCAUUUCAAGGCAGUGAAGCCCAUGCUAAUAUUUAAUGUCCCUUUAAGCAGUUAUUGGUAAAAGUUGUCACAUAUAACAAUGUUCUAUUAGACGUAAUUAUGUUGUUGAACAGAUAAGUAGAGGCCAAGCGAAUUCAUCCGAUAUUCCCUUUCCACGUGUUAUUUUAAUAUUCUUAUCACUUCUUCGUAUAAAUAUUUAUUACAUAAAUCACAGCUGAAUGGUUUAAACUCUUGUCUGUUAGAGAAAUAGAAUGCGUGUAAGGCGCUUAGGUAUAGGGUUUGUAUUAUUUUAUUCUCAUGCUGAUUGAAUGUGUUUUUUUUUCCAGUGAACAUUAAAUGAUCUUUUCCUUUAUUAAUAAAUAAAAGAGGUAAAAUUAAA